AUGAGGGCCCCUUGUUCUGAAAUUAUUUUGAGGCAAGAAGUUUUGAAAGAUGGUUUUCACAGAGACCUUUUAGUAAAAGUGAAGUUUGGAGAGAGCAUUGAGUAUUUACAGACCUGCCGACUUUUAAUUAAACAGUAUAUUCCUGCAGGACUUUUUGUGGAUCCAUAUGAGUUGGCUUCAUUACAAGAGAGAAAUGUAACAGAGGCAGUGAUGGUUUCAGAAAACUUUAAUAUAGAAGCUCCUAACUAUUUGUCCGAGGAAUCUGAAAUUCUCAUUUAUGCCAGACAAGAUUCACAGUGCAUUGAUUGUUUCCAAGCCUUUUUGCCUGUGCACUACCGCUAUCAUCGGCCACAUAAUAAAGAUGGAGAAACCUUUAUUGUUAUCAGUAACCCAGAUUUAUUGAUGUACUGUGACCAAGAGUUCCCAGUUUUGAAAUGCUGGGCUCAGUCAGAAGUGGCAGCUCCUUGUGCUCUGAAGAGUAAGGAUAUCUGCCAGUGGAACAGUAUGAAGUAUAAAUCAGUAUAUAAGAAUGUGACUCUUCAGGUGCCAGUGGGACUGACUAUACAUACCUCUUUAGUAUGUUCUGUGACUCUGCUCAUUACAAUACUGUGUUCUACUUUGAUCUUUGUAACCGUUUUCAAAUAUGGUCAUUUUUCCCUAUAAGUUUUUAAGUUGCUUUCCAUAAACCUAAAUAAGACCUAUUCAUUUGUAACUAGGUGUGCUUUUCUAAAAUUAUGUUAUUGUUUUUGUCUUUUGUCUUCAUUU